CCGGCCGGCGCCCUCGCUGCGUGGCUGCGGGUUCCGGCCUGGUCGUGGGAUGUUAGCGGUGGGGGCGAUGGAGGGCACCCGGCAGAGCGCGUUCCUGCUCAGCAGCCCGCCCCUGGCCGCCCUGCACAGCAUGGCAGAAAUGAAGACCCCUCUGUACCCCACCGCGUACCCUCCGCUGCCCGCCGGCCCUCCCUCCUCCUCCUCCUCCUCCUCGUCCUCCUCGUCGUCGCCCUCCCCGCCUUUGGGCGCCCACAACCCAGGCGGCCUGAAGCCCCCGGCCGCGGGGGGGCUCUCGUCCCUGGGCAGUCCCCCGCAGCAGCUCUCGGCCGCCACCCCACACGGCAUCAACGACAUCCUGAGCCGGCCCUCCAUGCCGGUGGCUUCAGGGGCCGCCCUGCCCUCCGCCUCGCCCUCCGGCUCCUCCUCCUCCUCCUCCUCGUCCACCUCCGCUUCCUCCGCUUCGGCUGCCGCAGCCGCGGCCGCGGCCGCGGCCGCCGCUGCUUCAUCCCCAGCGGGGCUGCUUGCGGGCCUGCCCCGUUUCAGUAGCCUGAGCCCGCCGCCGCCGCCUCCCGGGCUCUACUUCAGCCCCAGCGCUGCGGCCGUGGCCGCUGUGGGUCGGUACCCCAAGCCACUAGCUGAGCUGCCAGGCCGGACGCCUAUCUUCUGGCCAGGAGUGAUGCAGAGUCCACCCUGGAGGGACGCACGCCUGGCCUGCACCCCUCAUCAAGGAUCCAUUUUGUUGGACAAAGACGGGAAGAGAAAACACACAAGACCCACCUUCUCGGGCCAGCAGAUCUUCGCCCUGGAGAAGACUUUCGAACAAACGAAAUACUUGGCGGGGCCCGAGAGGGCUCGCUUGGCCUAUUCGUUGGGGAUGACAGAGAGUCAGGUCAAGGUCUGGUUCCAGAACCGCCGGACCAAGUGGAGGAAGAAGCACGCCGCCGAGAUGGCCACGGCCAAGAAGAAGCAGGACUCGGAGACCGAGCGGCUGAAGGGGGCCUCGGAGAACGAGGAGGAGGACGACGACUACAACAAGCCCCUGGACCCCAACUCCGACGACGAGAAGAUCACGCAGCUGCUCAAGAAGCACAAGUCGAGCGGCGGCGGCGGCGGCGGCGGCGGGCUCCUGCUGCACGCGUCCGAGAACGAGGGCUCGUCCUGAGCGCCCGGCCGGCCUCCGGCCCCUCGGCGGGGAGCGCGGGGAGCGCGCGGCCCGCCCGCGGGGCCCUCUGCUCUUU